AUGUGUCUAUGUGACAUUGAUCGAAAUGCAAAUUGUUUUAAAUUCGACUAUAAAUCAGUUUACAAUUAUUUAGGACCGAUUUAUUGUGAAAAUGAUGGUCAAUACUAUCAAGACAACAAUACUUGUCCAAAAUCAUCAUCGUGUCGCUGUAAAGAAUGUUAUUAUGGUACUCGAUAUCAAUUUACAACGAAAGGAUUCGGUCUAUCACUCGAUGAUAUUCUUGGUUAUAGUAUUUGGCCUAAUUUUUCUUUUUCGAAACAACCAAUCAUAGUGAAGCUAUGUACAAUUGAAACGAUAUUAAUGUUUGCAAUUGCCAUUGUCAAUGGUAUAUUGUCUAUAAUCACAUUUCGAACAAAACAAUCGCUUCAAAUAGGUAGUGGUCUUUAUCUACUUGCAUCAUCAAUCACAUCUUUUCUUACAAUGACAUUAUUUACAGCAAAAUUUGUUUUACUUCUCCUUUCUCAAAUGUCAAUAAUUACUAAUUAUUCUUUUCUUAAAUCAAAUUGUCUCUGCUUAGAUAUGAUCAUGAAAUCAUUUUUGGCUAUCAGAGAUUGGUUAAAUGCUUGUGUGAGUAUUGAACGAACAUUGACCAUUCGACUCGAAAUCAAUUUCAAUAAAGUAAAGAGUAAACAAAUCGCUAAAAAAAUUAUAUUUGGAAUAUAUCUGUCAGUCUUUGCAAGUUUUAUUUAUGAUCCUGUUCAUCGUCGUUUACUUGAAGAUACAGAUGAACAACGAAUCUGGUGUAUAGUUCGUUACUCAUCAUCUAAACAAAUCGAACAUAUUGGUGGAAAUAAAAAUAAUAUUAUCAUACCAAGUGUUAAAAUGAAAUUAAUUCUUGACCGACAACAUUCUGAUAGUUUGAUUCAAAAAGAACAUGUUUCACCAUCAUUUCCUAUAACAUCAACACAAGCAUCAUCGAAAAUAGAGUCGAUGGAUGUCGAAACUGCAAAUCAACAUUCAAAAAUAGAUGAACCUAUUUCAGACACUCAACUGUCAUUAAAUCAUCCUUGUGUUAGUUGCUAUCAAACAUUUCGUACAUGUCCCAAAUGUCGUAGAGGAAUCGAAGCAUUUGUAUGA